AUUAUAAACAAAAUGAUCCACAUCGGAGAAAUGCUGUACAAAUACUCUGAAUGUAUCAAAAGUCUUUCUCAGAAAAGCUCCCUGGUGGUUCAUAGAAGGACCCACAAAGGAGAGGAACUGUACAAAUGUUCCCAAUGUGAUAAAUGAUGUGCGAGCAUGGCCACUUGGCGAUACAUUAUAGGACUCACACCAUGCAGAAACCCUUUGAAUGCUCUGAUUAUGGGAAACAUUUUAGUCACAACUUCAGCCUGGUGAUACACUAGAAGAUGCACACAGAAAAGAAAUCAUACGAGUGUCCAGAUUGUGGAAAAAGUUUCAUUGCAAAUUCCCACCUUGUGAGACACCAGAGGACUCACACAGGAGAAAAACCAUUUGAAUGUCCUGAUUGUGGGAAAAGUUUCAGUCAGAAUUAUGAACUGGUGAUACAUCAAAGGAAUCACAUAGGAGAGAAACUAUUUGAAUGUACUGAUUGUGGGAAAAGUUUCAGUCGGAAUUCUAGCCUGGUGAUACACCAGAGGACUCAUACAGGAGAAAAACCCUUUGAAUGUCCUGAUUGUGGGAAAAGUUUCAGUCAGAAUUCCAGCUUGCUGAUGCACCAGAGGACUCAUACAGGAGAGAAACCGUUUGAAUGUCCUGAUUGUGGGAAAAGUUUCAGCCAGUAUUCUAGCCUGGUGAUACACAUAAGGACUCACACAGGAGACAAACCCUUUGCAUGUGCUCAUUGUGGGAAAAGGUUCAGUCACAGUUCAAGUCUGGUGACACACCAGAGGACUCACACAGGAGAGAAACCAUUUGAAUGUCCUGAUUGUGGGAAAAGUUUCAGUGAAAAUUCCAACCUGGUGAAACACCAGAGGACACACAUGGGAGUGAAAGCGUAUGAGUGUCCAGAUUGUGGUAAAAAUUUCAGUCAGAAUUCCUACCUGGUGAAACACCAGAAGACUCACGCAGGACAGAAAUCAUAUGAGUGCCCAGAUUGUGGGAAAAGUUUCAUUAGAAAAUUCCAGCUCACAAGUCACCAGAGAAUACACACAGGAGAGAAACCAUUUGAAUGUCUUGAUUGUAGGAAAAGUUUCAGUCACAAUUCCAGCCUGGUGAGACACCAGAGAACUCACACAGGAGAGAAAUGUUUUGAAUGUGCUCUUUGUGGGAAAAGUUUCAGUCGGAAUUCCAGCCUGGUGAUUCACCAGAGGACUCACACAGGAGAGAAACCGUAUGAGUGUCCAGAUUGUGGGAAAAGUUUCAGUCACAAUUCCAAUCUUAUGAAACAUCACAAGACUCACACAGGAGAGAAACCCUUUGAAUGUCCUGAUUGUGGAAAAAGUUUCAGUCAGAAUUAUGAACUGCUGAUACACCAGAGAAAUCACACAGGAGAGAAACCGUAUGAGUGUCCAGUUUGUGGGAAAAGUUUCAGUAAAAAUUCCAACCUGGUGAACCAUCAGAGGAUUCACACUGGAGAGAAACCAUAUGAGUGUCCAGAGUGUGGGAAAAUGUUCCGUCAGAAUUCCCAUCUGGUGAAACACCAAAAAACACAUACAGGAGAGAAACCUUUUGAAUGUCCUAUUUGUGGGAAACGUUUUAGUCGGUACUGCAGCCUGGUGAACCACCAGAGGACUCAUACAUUAGAGAAACCUUUUGAAUGUCCUGAUUGAGGGAAAAGUUUCAGUCACAGUUCCUAUCUGGUGAGCCACCAGAGGACUCACAUCGGAGAGAAAUCAUAUGAGUGUCCAGAUUGUGGGAAAAGUUUCAUUAGAAAAUUCCAGCUCACAAGUCACCAGAGGACUCACACAGAGGAGAAACCAUUUGAGUGCUCAGUUUGUUGGAAAACCUUCAGUCACAAUUCCAGCCUGGUAAAGCACCAGAGAAAUCACACAGGAAAGAAACCAUAUGAGUAGAAACCCAUUGAAUGUCCUGAUUGUGGGAAACGUUUCAGUCAGAAAUCACACCUGGUGAUACACCAGAGGAUUCACACAGGAGAGAAACCCUUUAAAUGUCCCGAGUGUGGGAAAAGUUUCAUUCAGAUUUCUAACCUGGAGACACACCAGAGGACUCACACAGGAGAGAAACCGUUUAAAUGUCCCGAGUGUGGAAAAAGUUUCAGUCAGAUUUCUAACCUGGUGUCACACCAGAGGAUUCACACAGGAGAGAAACCCUUUGUAUGUCCUGAUUGUGGGAAAGGUUUCAGUCACAGUUCCAGCCUGGUGAAACACCAGAGGACUCACACAGGGGAGAAACCCUAUGAAUGUCCUGAUUGUGGGAGAGGUUUCAGUGACAAUUCCAGCCUGGUGAAACACCAGAGGACUCACACAGGGGAGAAACCCUAUGAAUGUCCUGAUUGUGGGAGAGGUUUCCGUUAUAGUUCCAGCCUGCUGACACACCAGAGGUUUCACACAGGAGAGAAACCCUAUGAAUGUCCUGAUUGUGGGAGAGGUUUCAGUGACAGUUCCAGCCUGCUGUCACAUCAGAGGAUUCAUACAGGAGAGAAACCCUUUGAAUGUCCUCAUUGUGGGAAAGCUUUCAGUCAGAAUUCCACUCUAGUGAGGCACCAAAGGACUCACACAGAAAAGAAAUCAUAUGAGUGUCCAGAUUGUGGGAAAAGAUUCAUUAGAAAAUUCCAGCUCAUGAGUCACCAGAGAAUACACACAGGAGAGAAACCAUUUGAAUGUCUUGAUUGUGGGAAGAGUUUCAGUCAAAAUUCCGAACUGGUGAGACACCAGAGGACUCACACAGGAGAGAAACCCUUUGAAUGUGCUCUCUGUGGGAAAAGUUUCCGAGAGAAUUCCAGCCUAGUAAUACACCAGAGGUCUCACACAGGAGAGAAACCAUAUGAGUGUCUAGAUUGUGGCAAAAGUUUCAGCUGCAAUUCCAUCCUCGUAAAACAUCAGAAGACUCACACAGGAAAGAAACCCUUUGAAUGUUCUAAUUGUGGGAAAGGUUUCAGUCAGAAUUAUGAACUAGUGAUACACCACAGGAUUCACACAGGAGAGAAACCAUAUGAGUGUCCAGUUUGUGGGAAAAGUUUCAGUUACCAUUCUAGUCUGGUGACACACCAAAGGACUCACACAGGAGAGAAACCCUUUGAAUGUCCUGAUUGUGGGAAAAGUUUCAGUCGGAAUUCUUACCUGGUGAGACACCAGAGGACUCACACAGGGGAGAAACCCUAUGAAUGUACUGAUUGUGGGAGAGGUUUCACUCAAAAGUCUCACCUAGUGAAUCACCAGAGGACUCACAUAGGAGAGAAGACAUAUGAAUGUCCGGAUUGUGGGAAAAGUUUCAUUAGAAAAUUCCACCUUACAAGACACCAAAGGUCACACACAGGAGACAAACCUUUUGAAUGUCAAAAUUGUGGGAAAAGUUUCAGUCACAAUUCCAGCCUCAUGAAACACCAGAGCAUUCACACAGGAGAGAAACCCUUUGAGUGUCCUGAUUGUGGGAAAAGUUUCAGUCAGAAUUAUGACAUGGUGAUACACCAGAGGAUUCACACAGGAGAGAAAUUGCAUGAGUGCCCAGACUGUGGGAAAAAUUUCGUUCAUAAAUCCCACCUAGUGAAUCACCAGAGGACUCACACAGGUGAGAAACCGUAUGAGUGUCUGGAUUGUGGGAAAAGGUUCAGUCAGAAUUCCCACCUGGUGAACCACCAGAGGACUCACACAGGAGAGAAACUGCAUGAAUGCCCAGAUUGUGGGAAGCGUUUCAAUCACAAAUCCCACCUAGUGAAUCACCAGAGAACUCACACAGGAGAUAAACCUUAUGAGUGCCCAGAUUGUGGCAAAAGUUUCAGUCAGAAUUCCAACCUGGUGAAUCACCAGAGGAUUCACACAGGAGAGAAACCCUAUGAGUGUCCUCAUUGUGGGAAAAGUUUCAGUCAUAGUUCCAGCCUAGUCAUACACCAGAGGUCUCAUACAGGAGAGAAACCUUUUGAAUGUCCUAUUUGUGGGAAAAGUUUCAGUCGGUAUUGCAGCCUGGUGAACCACCAGAGAACUCACACAGGAGAGAAACCCUUUGAAUGUCCUGAUUGUGGGAAAAGUUUCAGUCACAAUUCCAGCCUAGUGAAACAUCAGAGGACUCACAAAGGAGAAAAACCGUAUGAGUGUCCUGAUUGUGGGAAAAGUUUCAGUCACAAUUCCAGCCUAGUGAUACACCAGAGGACUCACACAGGAGACAAACCUUUUGAGUGUCCUGAUUGUUGGAAAAGUUUCAGUCACAAUUCCAGCCUGGUGAUACACCAGACGACUCAUACAGGAGAGAAACCCUUUGAAUGUCCUGAUUGUGGGAAAUGUUUCAGUCACAAUUCCAGCCUGGUGAAACACCAGAGGACUCACACAGGAGACAAACCCUUUGAAUGUCCUGAUUGUGCAAAAAGUUUCAGUCAGAAUUCCAGCCUGGUGAAACACCAGAGGACUCACAUGGUAGAGAAACCCUUUCAAUGUGUUGAUUGUGGGAAACGUUUCAAUCUCAAUUCCAGCCUGGUGAUACACCAGAGGACUCACACAGGAGACAAACCCUUCGAGUGUCCUGAUUGUAUGAAAAGUUUCACUCAGAAUUCCUGCCUGGUGAAACACCAGAGGACUCAUACAGGAGAGAAACCCUUUCAAUGUAUUGAUUGUGGGAAACAUUUCAGUCUCAAUUCUAGCCUGGUGAUACACCAGAGGACUCACACUGGAGAGAAACCAUUCGAAUGUCCUAUUUGUGGGAAAAGUUUCAGUCAAUACUGCAGCCUGGUGAUACACCAGAGGACUCACACAGGAGAGAAACCAUUUGAUUGUCUUGUUUGUGGAAAAAGUUUCAGUCAGAAUUCCAACCUGGUGAAACACCAGAGGACUCACACAGGAGAAAAACCCUUUGAAUGUGUUGAUUGUGGGAAACGUUUCAGUGUGAAUUCUAGCCUAGUGAUGCACCAGAGGACUCACACAGGAGAGAAACCAUUCGAAUGUCCUAUUUGUGGCAAAAGGUUCAGUCAAAGUUCCAACCUGGUGAUACAUCAGAGGACUCACACAGGAGAGAAACCCUUUGAAUGUCUUGAUUGUGGGAAAAGUUUCAUUAAAAAUUUCCACCUCAUGAGACACCAGACGACUCACACGGGAGAGAAACCUUUCAAAUGUCCAGUGUGUGGACAAUACUUUAGGCAUAAAUCAUCCCUUAUUGCCCAUAAGGAAAUCCACGCAGGAGAGAUGUCCUACAAGUGCUUCCAAUGUGGUAAAUGCUUUAGUGAAAACAGCAACUUGGUGAUACAUCAGAGGACUCACACCAGGGAGAAGCCGUAUGACUGUCCUGACUGUGGGAAAAGUUUUAUGGCAAACCCCCACCUGGUGAUACACCAGAGGACUCACACCGGAGAGAAACCCUUUGAAUGUCCUGACUGUGGGAAAACUUUCAGUCAGAAUUGCAACCUGGCGAUACACCAGAGGACUCACACAGGAGAAAAAUCAUAUGAGUGUCCUGAUUGUGGGAAAAGUUUCAUUACAAAUUCUCACUUGGUGAUACACCAGAGGACUCACACAGGAGAGAAACCCUUUGAAUGUCCUGAUUGUGGGAAAAGUUUCAGUCACAAUUCCAACCUGGUAAGACACCAGAGGACUCACACGGGGGAGAAACCCUUUGAAUGUCCUGAUUGUGGGAAAAGUUUCAGUUACACUUCCAACCUGGUCAGACACCAGAGGACUCACACAGGAGAGAAACCAUUUGAAUGUCCUGACUGUGGGAAAAGUUUCAGUCAGAACUCUGACCUGGUGAAUCAUCAAAGAAUUCACACAGGAGAGAAACCCUUUGAAUGUCCUGAUUGUGGGAAAAGUUUCAGUCAGAAUUCCCACCUGGUGAUACAUCAGAGGACUCAUACAGGAGAGAAACCCUUCGAAUGUCCUGAUUGUGGGAAAUGUUUCAGUCAGAAUUCCAACCUGGUGAUACACCAGGUGACACAUACAGGAGAGAAACUCUAUGAAUGUCCAGAGUGUGGGAAAAGUUUCAGUUACCGUUCUAACCUGAUGAAACACCUGAGGGUUCACACGGGAGAGAAACCAUAUGAGUGUCUAGAGUGUGGGAAAAGCUUCGGUUCCCAUUCUAACCUGGGAAAACACCAGAGGACUCACACAGGAGAAAAGCCAUAUGAGUGUCCAGAAUGUGGGAAAAGUUUCAGUUACCCUUCUGUGCUCGUGAAACACCAGAGAACCCACACAGGAGAGAAGCCCUACAAGUGCUCCCAAUGUGGCAAAUGCUUUACUGAAAAUGGCAACUUGGUGAUGCAUCAGAGGACCCACACAGGAGAGAAACCGUACGAGUGUCCGAAUUGUGGGAAAAAAUUCAGUUACCCCUCUGACCUGGUGAAACACCAGAGGACACACACUGGAGAGAAACCGUAUGAGUGAAAGAAAUUAUAUGUGUGUCCUGAUUGUGGGAAAAGUUUUACUGCAAAUUCCCACUUGGUGAUACACCAAAGGACUCACACAGGAGAGAAACCUUUUGAAUGUGGUGAUUGUGGGAAACGUUUCAGACAGAAUUCAAGUCUGGUGAAACACCAGAGGACUCACACAGGAGAGAAACCUUUUGAAUACCCUGGUUGUAGUAAAAGUUUUGAUCAGAAUUCCCACCUGGUGAUACACCACAGGACGUACACAGGAAAGAAAUCAUAUGUGUGUCCUGAUUGUGGGAAAGGUUUCAUUGCAAAUUCCCACUUGGUGAUACACAAGAGGACUCACACAGGAGAGAAACCCUUUGAAUGUGGUGAUUGUGGGAAAAGGUUCAGUCAGAAUUCCAGCCUGGUGAAACACCAGAGGACUCACACAGGAGAAAAACCAUUUGAAUGUCCUGAUUGUGGAAAAAGUUUCAGUUUGAAUUCCAACUUGGUGAUACAUCAGAGGACUCACACAGGAGAGAAACCCUUUGAAUGUCCUGAUUGUGGGAAAAGUUUCAGUCAGAAUUCCCAUUUGGUGAUUCACCAGAGGACUCAUACAGGAGAGAAACCAUACGAAUGCCUUGAUUGUGGUAAAUGUUUCAGUAAGAACUCAAACCUGGUAAAACACCAGAGAAUUCACACAAGAGAGAAACCAUAUGAAUGUUCAGAUUGUGGAAAAAGUUUCACUCUCAAUUCUGACCUGGUGAUACACGAGAGGAUUCACAGAGGAGAAAAACCAUAUGAGUGUCCAGAGUGUAGAAAAACUUUCAGUUACCGUUCUGAUUUGAUGAAACAUCAGAGAACUCACACAGGAGAAAAACCAUAUGAGUGUGCAGAGUGUGCGAAAUGUUUCAGUUACAGUUCUGAUCUGGUGAAACACCAGAGGACACACACAGGAGAGAAACCCUUUGAAUGUUCUGAUUGUGGGAAGAGUUUCAGUCAGAAUUCCAACUUGGUGAAACACCAGAGGACUCACACAGGAGAAAAACCCUUUGAGUGUCAUGAUUGUGGGAAAACCUUCAGUUUGAAUUUCAACCUAGUGAAACACCAGAGGACUCACACAGGAGAGAAACCGUAUGAGUGUCCGGAUUGUGCAAAAAGUUUCAGUCACUGUUCUGAUCUGGCGAUACACCAGAGGACUCACACAGGAGAGAAACCCUUUGAAUGUCCUAAUUGUGGCAAAGGUUUCAGUCAGAAUUCCAACCUGGUGAGACACCAGAGGAUUCACACAGGAGAGAAACCCUUUGAAUGUUCUGAUUGUGGAAAACAUUUCAGUCAGAAUUCCAGCCUUGUAAUUCACCAGAGGACUCACACAGGCGAGAAACCAUAUGAAUGUCCAGAUUGUGGAAAAGAUUUCAGUAGUAGGUCUAGUCUUCUAAGUCAUGUUGGUUUACACACAGGCGAAAAACCUUUUAGAUGUCCAGUCUGUGGACGGUACUUCAGGCAUAAAUCGUCCUUUAUCGCACACAAGGAAAUCCAUGUGAGGCAAAAGUUGGCGAGUUUAGAAAAAGCUUGAAUUUCAUUUCUGAUUUCCGAUUGGAAAUGUAGGUGAGAAAUUGACUAUUUGAAUUCUGACCUGAUUCUUCUUACUCAAACAUCUGUGAGGAAUAGAUUGAUAGGUGGAGAGAAAAA